GACGCAGCAGGGGAGAAUGAAUUCAAAUUGAUGCUUAAUGAAUAUGAAUCUAUUGACGUUAUUCAUCGUGCACCUAUUCCACAACCAGCCCGACUCCUUCCCGUUACCCUUCCCUGUAUCAGUGAAAUAAAAUCCUGCUUAGUGAAAAAUAGCAUCGAUACUCGCUGCUUGUUUCUCGGUUUGAUGUUAGUCACCUUUCAGCAACUAACGGGAGUAAAUGUAAUCUUUUUCUACGCUGAAUCUAUCUUUAAUCGGCUUGGUUCGGAAAAUUCUUCGAGGCAGGCUGCGUGGCUGGGUUUCGUCCAGGUUUUGUGCACUGUCGCGGCGACGAUCGUCGUUGAUCGCUUGUCAAGACGCAUUAUGCUUGUAGCUGGUUCCGUUAUAAUGGCGAUUGGACUGUCUGCUUUGGGUUUCUUGAUCCUGGUAAGCUCAAAAUAA